GCGGGAUGCGAGAUUGACGAGGUUUCCCAUUGGCUGCGCAAGGCGGGCCGCAUCUGUACGAACUUGCGUGGCCAAUCAGAAGCCGUCGAUGCCGUUGCGCGAGCAACUUACGCAGAGGCUGUAGGCAAUAGGUGGUCGUCCGAAGCAGUCUGAAGUACCGUGGAGAAAAGCGGGCUGAAGUGGGUGGGAAAAAAUAAUAGUUCGACUGGUUCCGCGGAAGGUGAAAGAUACCUUCAUCAGUCAAAUAAUGUCACAUCAAACGGGAAUCAAAGCCAACGAAGCCCUCAAGAAAUUAUUUGCCAAAUGCCGAGAUGGAAAGAUACGCGUGCUCAAAGUUUCCAUCGAAAACGAGGAGUUGGUACCUGCCUUCUCUUCCAAGGCUGUCGGAAAAUGGCAGGACGAUUACGACAAGCUGGUAAAACCAUUGAUCGUCGAGAACCAGCCUACCUACAUUCUUUAUCGGCUUGACACAAAGUCGCCCGACUCCGGCUAUGAUUGGUUGUUCAUUUCUUGGUCGCCCGACACUGCGGCUAUAAGGCAAAAGAUGCUUUACGCCUCAACGAAGGCUACGCUCAAGCAGGAAUUUGGAACUGCUUCCUUCAAGGAAGAACUGCAUGGCACAGUCCCUGAGGACAUUACGCUAGAAGGAUACCAUAAGCACAAAAGGAACGACGCUGCUCCGGCGCCUUUGACGACAGCUGAAGAGGAGCUGGCUGAGAUCAAGAAAACCUCCGUGCACACUGAUUACAGUGUUGAAACAAGACAGCAGACUUUGAGCGGCGUCGCUUUUCCUGUAACAGAAGAAGCCAAGCAGGCCAUCAACGACAUUGGUAAAGGAAUUACUGAGUAUGUUCAGCUGAAAAUCGACCUGGAAGAGGAGAAGAUACAUUUGGUCAUGGCCUGCGAUGUCUCACUUGAUAAACUGCCAACUAAAGUACCAGCCGAUUCUGCUAGAUAUCAUUUAUACAACUUCAAACAUACUCACGAGGGUGAUUACAUGGAGAAUAUUGUUUUCAUAUACAGCAUGCCCGGGUACAGUUGCAGCAUCAAAGAACGAAUGCUAUACUCUUCGUGCAAAGGACCUCUUCUUGAUCUUAUUCAAUCAUUGGGAGUCAACAUAAUCAAAAAGUUGGAAGUAAAUAGCGGCGAAGAGUUAGCAGACAUGUUGGAAGAUCCUCCGACCAUAAAAGAAACUGCAGCAACAACUCCUGCCACUCCGUCAACACCUUCUGCCCCUCCACAAACUAUACCUGAUAAAAAAUCUAAGCCAAAACGCUCGUGUGUCUUGAGUUAACAGGUUCUCUAAUGAAUUUUUGCUGCUUCAAAAACGGUUCUGACCUUGCAAAGGGAUGUAAUAUGAUUUCUGCUUGGAAACGUUAAAUUUGCAGUUACAACUAUUAUCGAUAAACUACAUCAACCUCAAGUUUGUUAGAAAUAACAGCAAUCACAAGAACAACGCAUGCUGAUUACGGCACAAAUUUUGAUUUUCCAAGUUAGGAAAGAUUGUUUUUAUGAAAUGUUCUACAUGUUAUUGUGUAGAUUGAAUUGAAAUUUGAAACAUUCUAAAAGUAUAUGCAUUUACUGAUACUAACAUCUCUGGAUUAUUAGAAUUAGUUGUUCAAAGUGAUAACGUGCAUCUAUUUAGUAAAUUAGAGUAGACCAAAUGGUGUAUUUUUCUAAAUUCUAAUACCAAAAUUGGUAAGCCAAAUUCUUGUCGAAGUAACUCGUAUAUACUAUAUAUCUGUGGUAAAGAGAGAAAGAAAAAAGUAAAUUACGUACAGAAAAUAUAUCUAAUAACUAUUUCGAUUUUUUUCGAUCGAGUAUGAUGUAUCAUUUUUUUAUUCGUUUGUUUUUUGGAGGGAGAUUAUUAUCAACUUUCAUCGCAACAAAUUACACGUCUCAAACAGUUUGGAAAAUAGGCCCUUACUGCUGGGUUUUUAUGACAAGCUUGCAUCAAAAAUAUUUCACUAGUACAUUAUUUUCGUACCUAUAUAUUAAUGUUAAUACACGUUACAUAUGAAGUUGCAUUCUAGACUGGUUGGCAGCUUGACGCUUUGUCACCGAAUUUUAGCCCUUAGGUUUAUUGAAUAUAUAAUAAUAAUGAAAUUGUCAUGUGCCAGAUUUGAGUUAAUGCAUUAACUGGAGGAUUUUUACCUCAUUGGAAAAGUCAUGCAUACAUAACCAGAAUCAAAAAAUUUAUAAAUAAAAUAUAUUUAAUCAAUAAAAAUAUUAUAUUAUAGUAAUGAUAAAUAAAAUAAAGUUUAUUUCUCAGGUAGCGUGCACUAACGAAUACAUUUAUUGAUUAUUCAAAUUAGUUCAGAAUGGUUGCAACUGUUAUAUCUGCCGCAUUGUUUGCCGUUUGCGAGUUUUAAGACGUAACAAUGAAAAAGAAAAGUAACAAAACAAUUGCUCGCACAUAGUUGUUUAAUGU